AAAAAUCAAAAUUCGUGAGGUGCGUGGUAAAGUGCAUUUUAGCCCACACUUGUAAGACUAAGACAACAAAUGUGUACCGUCCUCUUAAAAAUUUAUACAAUAUGGAAAUAUAUUUUUCUAUUUAAAAUAAUAUUUUUAUAAAAAGAAUAAUGGAUAUUAUUGCACCUAUUGUAUGUGUUCAAAUAAUUAAACGGUGUUCUAGAUUCUAGAAUAUAGAUAUUAAAUGUUUUUCUGCUGUCUGCAAUCAUCGUACAUGGAUUGCUCAUAGCAAAAUUAUCAAAUGCAUUUCUAAAAAUAGACAUGUGAGUUGGGAAUUAUAUAAUAAAAGUCAUACUAAUAUAACAGUCUAGUACAAAUUAUUUAUUAUUUGCCUAAAAUAUAUCAGUAAUAAUUAGAGCUUUUUGUUGCUUAUAGAUGGUUUUAAAAUUUCUUUAUUUUACGAAUACCUAAGUGUUUCAUACCCAUUUGUUUUACUAUUUGUCGUUGGUUUUUUCGAACUAUUCCGGGCGGACGAGUCAAUUUUAAGAAAAAACUAUUCGAUGUAUAUGAACGACCAUAUCAUUGCCAAAAUCUGUGAUUUCGUUUCAAAACAAAAAAUAUGGAUAAAAAUCGUCCAAUAUAAUACAACCAUUACAACUGGUGCAUAUAAUUUGGAGCCCUAGUAAUAUCUAACCAUAAUUAUUAUGUUCGGACGUUGUACAAAUUCAAAGAAAAGUGAAUUUUUACACAUCACAAAAUGGUACACAAGGUUUUAGUAGAGAAUAUACCUAGGUGUUAUAAUUUUUUACGAAUUUAAAAAUGAAGAAUUUUUUAAUAAUCAAAAGAUGUAUUAUCUUGUUUAUUUAUGUGGGACCCCCAUUUCACCGAAUAUACCUAAAUUGGCCCCCGCUUAAAAGCUUUAUUUGAAGAUGGAGAUGUACCCGGCGAACGUAUGUUUAGUUUUCAGUCCAAACAAAAUAAAACUCCAUCAUGUAUAAAAAAAAACAUAACUUCACAAGAUAGCAAAAAUCUCCAAUAUCAUAAAAAAGAUGAUCGAAGAAUGGUUAAAAUUCCUAUUGAAGGUUUCUCUGAUGAUGAAAGUGAAGUUAAAUCAAAAAAUCCUUAUAAAAAAACAACUAGAUCAUCAGUUUUAUCCAAAGUUAAAAAUGAAGUAUCAGACAAUGACUCUCCAAAAGUAACUGAUAGCAAAUUUGGUUAUGAAACACCUAAAAAAUUAAAAAAAUUACAUUCUAUGAAUAGUUUUGAACACAUAUCAACAAAAACACCAAGAACUGUUCGGAAACAGAUUGCAAAAGGAAUAGCGCAUCAAAAAUUUGAACAACUUAAUGAAUUUAACGAUUCAGAUUACAGUGACAGUGAUGAAAGUGACAGUGAUUCUAGUAUUCAUACUAAUCUUAAAACUAUUCAGCCAGAGGUUUCAUUAAGAAGAUCUACUAGAAAGAAAGAAGUUCCUUUUAUAUAUAAAUCAGAUGAAUAUUUUCUAUCCAAAUCUGCUAAAUCUGUGAAAAAGUCUAAGACAUCAGACAAUACAUUGAAACUAUUGAAAAACCCCGUUUUAGACAAAGAACAGGUCGAUGAACUAUCAGGAAAUUCUUAUACUAAACAUGAUAAAAAGUUAAAGUCAAUGUACACAGAUAUUGUGUCAAAUUUUCCAUAUUGGAUGUCUUUGCUAAAGGAAGGAUUUAAUUUACUUCUUUACGGACUUGGUUCAAAAAGACAAAUUAUUAAUGAUUUUCGAAUGUCUGUAUUAGCGGAAGAAUCUGUAUUGGUGAUUAAUGGAUUUUUUCCAGGACUGACAAUGAAAGAAAUACUUGAAUCUAUAACAAUUGAUUUAUUAGAUCUUGAGAGUUGUCCAGGAAGUUCUGAACUCGCGAUCCAGCAAAUUGAAGAAAAACUAAAAUUAAAGACUUCUGAACAUAUUUAUAUUCUUAUUAACAAUUUGGAUGGUGUUGAAUUGCAAAACUACAAAGCACAGCAUGUAAUUUCGAGGAUUUGUUCAUUAAAAAAAGUACACUUAAUAGCAUCUAUGGAUAGAGUAAAUUCUGCUUUAAUGUUUGAUAAUACAAAACUUGGGGAUUACAAUUUUAUUUGGAUGGACUGUACCAAUUUUUUACCAUAUACGGUUGAAACUAAUUUUAUACAAUCCUUAAUGGUAAAAAACAUUGGAACACAACAUUCAUUAUCAGGAUUGAAUAAUGUUUUCAAAUCACUUCCAUCCAAUGCUAAAAGUAUCUUAUUAUUACUGAUUAAAAAUCGAAUAGAAAAUAAAAAUGAUAAAAAAUAUGGAGGAGUUCCAUUCUCAACCUUAUAUCAUUGGUGCCGUCAACGGUUUCUAGCUAGUACAGAUCUAGCUUUGAGAAGUCAGUUAACUGAAUUUGUUGAUCAUGAAUUGGUAAAAUGGAAACGUGAUGCUGAUGUGCUCUAUGUUCCUGUAGAUGUGGAUAUACUUGCUCAGUUUUAUAAGCAAAAUGAAGAAGACGAUGAAUAAAUUCUAUGUUUGGUAUAUUUUGUUUUAAAAUUCCAAAUAGAAUAAUUUUUUUUAAUAUUUAAAAUAAUAUAAUAUACAACAUACAAUAAAAAUGUAUUUUUAUUUAUUUA